AUGCCCAAGGCUCUCAAUCACUUGGCCAAGUUUUGCAAAUCUGAAGAAGCCAUCAAGUUCAUCCUGUGGACAUUGACACUCUUCCAGUCAUGGAAUGUGUGGGGCAGAGAUGGCCAGGAUUGGACCACCAAGAAGGUGUGCAAGCCAUGGGGAGGAUACAUGCACUGGUGGGUGUGCAUCCAGCACUGCACGUGGGCUGCCUACACCAUCUACUGCAAUUUCCCAAUGCCCGAGAUUGCCCUGCCUUUUGAUGUUUGUGCGCUGUUUGAUGCCCUGUGA